AUGUUUUCAUAUGUUGUAAAUAAAAAAAAGAAUAAAGGUUCAGUGGAAGCUGGUUGCGCACUGCAAUGCAUGUAUUCGUAUAAAAAGAGUUUCAGCAGGAAUAUGAAUAUGAAAUGUUUCCGAAGCAUAGGUCAAAGCAGGAAGUACGGUGGUGUUGAAGAGGGGAGCAUGGAGCCGGGUGUUCCUGGUCUUUUUCACUACAUCCUCGAUGCUCUUGUACGCUCCCCAAGCCGCUCGUCUCCUCCUGCCCAGAUUCAGCUGAAGACCGAUGCACCCACAUGUUUCGUCGAAUUCGGUCAGCAUUCGUUCCGUUUGGCUGAUGCUAGGUGUUAUCAGUACGAUGUCAUCAGCAGAGCGCAAAUGGUGUAG